GAGCCUCCCGUCAUACCACAAAUAUAGCGGGUUGACACACGCGAGACACGUACAGACAAGCUCCUUCAAUUGACUGACACAUGAGAACUCAGACAUCCGCUUGCAGACCUCGGAUGAUCUAGCUAGAUUAGGCCAAACACAAUUCUGGGGAACGCCGCCCUCCGCAUUUCGCUGUUCUAGCGAGGGUCCGGUUCUUUGGUCUGGUGGCUGGUGGGCGUCUGUCUGUCUCAUCUUUUGCGCGUCCAACUCUGAUCUGAACCCUCUUUUUAUCUCUGCAAGCUGCUGCUCCUCCCCUGUCCCUGGUCUUUACAUCUCUUCGUCCUCGGCCAAUUCUCCCCAAGAGCAAAGGAGCACCUCCAUUCAAUCACGCCCUCCAAUCCACCAUGGCGUCGGAGCAGGGCCACGUCGACGAUGCCGACCAGGCCCUCGCCCGUCUGGGCUACAAGGCCGAGCUGCCGCGAAACCUCAGCAUGAUGAGCAUCCUGGGGCUCUCAUUCGCCAUCAUGGCCGUGCCGUUUGGCCUGUCGACGACCUUCUACAUCACCCUCACCAACGGCCAGUCCGUCACCAUCCUGUACGGCUGGAUCCUCGUCUCCCUCAUCUCGCUCUGCAUCGCCGCGUCGCUCGCCGAGAUCUGCGCCGUCUUCCCCACCGCCGGCGGCGUCUACUACUGGUCCGCCAUGCUGAGCACGCCCAAGUAUGCCCCCAUCGUCAGCUUCAUCGACGGCUGGCUGACGCUGGUCGGCAACUGGACCGUCACCUUGUCCAUCAAUUUCUCCGGCGCGCAGCUGAUCCUAAGCGCCAUCACCAUCUUCAAUGAGGACUUUGUCGCAAAUGAAUGGCAGACCAUCCUGUGCUUCUGGGCCGUCAUGCUCGUGUGCGCCCUCGUCAAUGCCUUCUGCUCGCGCUACCUGGACCUCAUCAAUAAGGUCUGCAUCUACUGGACCGCCGCAAGUGUCGUUAUCAUUCUGGUGACGCUGCUCACAAUGGCCGACACCCGUCGCUCCGGCGAGUUUGUCUUUUCUCACUACGACGCAUCCGCCAGCGGCUGGCCAGAGGGAUGGUCGUUCUUCGUCGGAUUGCUCCAAGCCGCAUACACCCUCACGGGCUACGGCAUGGUCGCUUCCAUGUGCGAAGAGGUCCAGAACCCUGAGCGCGAAGUUCCCAGAGCCAUCGUCCUGUCCGUCAUGGCAGCCGGUGUCACCGGAGUCAUCUACCUGAUCCCCAUUCUCUUCGUCCUGCCAGACGUCCAGAUGCUGCUCUCGGUCGCCAACUCGCAGCCAAUUGGCACGCUCUUCAAGACCGUCACUGGCUCUGCUGCAGGCGGCUUCGGUCUUCUCUUCCUCAUCCUCGGCAUUCUCAUGUUUGCCGGCAUCGGUGCCCUUACCGCCGCUUCUCGCUGCACCUACGCUUUUGCUCGCGACAAGGCCAUCCCCGGUUACAAGCUGUGGAGCCGUGUGAACCAUCGCCUGGACAUGCCGCUGUGGGCUCUCUUCCUCUCCACCAUUGUCGACUGCGUCCUGGGCUGCAUCUACUUUGGAUCCUCGGCCGCCUUCAACUCAUUCACCGGCGUGGCCACUAUCUGCCUGUCGACCUCUUACGGCGUGCCUGUUCUCGUGAGUCUCGUGCGUCGCCGCGAGGCCGUCAAGAACUCGCCAUACCCGCUCGGCAAGUUCGGCCCGUUGAUCAACAUCAUCUGCGUCAUCUGGAUCGUCUUCGCCGUCGUCAUCUUCUGCAUGCCCGUGUCGCUACCCGUGGACACUAGCACCAUGAACUACGCCUCGGUUGUGUUUGCCGGUUUCGCUGCCAUCGCCUUCGUGUGGUAUCUUGCCUAUGCCCGUAAGAACUUCACUGGCCCGCCUUUGGGCAGGAAGGAUGACCUUGCACCCGAUGUCACUGUGGGAAUGACCAUAAAUGGCCAAGAUGAGAGUUCUAAUCAGAGGACCGAAGAAAAAGACAGCAACUAGGGCUGUGUGGGUGCGCGUCCGCUCUUCUUUAAGAUACCACGUCGAUGGAAUACAUCGUCAAUGCUAGUAGAAUUCAUAUUUGCCAUUAAUUCACUAUAGUCUAAAUAAUCUGCAAUUACUCAUAUAGAUUGUUAAUGUCAUUCACAGCCUUCCAUACAUGGAUUGCAUUGGAUUUUGCACGUCU